AUGGCCAUAGAUCUUUCCGAUUACUUCAAAACUUUUUAUGGAGAGAACCUCCGAAAUCUGCUGGUCAUCCUGACCCGUUGGGGGCGGUGUCUUUUCAGAAAGGUCCCGGACAGGGAGGGGGACCUGAUUCCCCCGUCCACUCGCCUACUGGAGAAGAGGAGGGAGGCGGCACGUGUGCACCAAGCAAUGGAGUCGCAGAGAGAGGAGUUUGAGUUGACCCUGGGCUCGCUGCGAGGGAGGAGGGAGGAGCUGAUCGAGAAGGAGGCCCGGAUGAAAGAGUACCUGCACAGGUUCGACCACUUCCUGAAGGAGAACGAUAUGAAGCGUCUCCGUGCCAUGAAGAAGGCAGCGCAGGAGCGGGAGCUGACCAAUCAGAAGGAGAGCGACCUGGCCGCCCUCCAGCAGGAAAUGACAUCGCUGAACCGCGAGCGUGAGGCCCUGGAGAAGAGAGUGCUGCGGCACGCCGUCUUCCUGCGCUACCUGGAGAGAGUCGUACAGGCAUCCGAGCAGUUCCAGGAGGUGCGUCAGGUGAUGAGUCGCUACGACACUCUGGUUCUGACCCGCGAGGACCUGCUCAGAACCGCCCAGGAGAACCAGGAGAACAUGGACCGGGCCCGGACCCAGCUGGCCCGAUUCAUGGAGGAGAAGAACAACGUGGUUCUACAGUACAAUAACCAGCUGGCUCACCUGCAGAGCCGACUGGACCGAGCUCGGAGCGACGCGCUGCUCUGGGAGUCCCGCUGGACUCACAUCCAGAACACAGCUGCCAAGAAGACUCUGCUGCUGGGUACCAUCAAGAUGGCGACACUGAACCUCUACCAGACUGUGUGCAAGAGACAGCGGGAUGGAGGGGGCCAACCUGUCGCACUCGAGGACACCCCCAAACAGCUGGAGAAGAUUCAAAAAUUAAUUCUGGACAUGGCCACCGUCUGGGAGGAAGUGACAAAACAAGAAGCUGCCACAGCAAGCAAGAGUGGCCACGCGCUCCCUGCUGUCUAGCCUCUGCCACCAGAGCUCUGCCGCCCCCUUGUGGAAGCAGAUGGGAACUGCAACUGCAUUGAUUCUGUGGCACAAACGCAAUUGAUAUUUACAUUACCAAUAAAGUGUUUUUU